AUGCAUCUGAACGGAGAUUCCAUGGAAUCCCCAGAUGAAAAUCAUGAGAUGCUCGAAGCGGAAAACAGCGGCGUCGCCUCCAGGAUGAUCGACCUCGAGCGCAAAGUGCUCGAACAGGGCGACGAGCUAGUUUGCCUCAAAGCCACCCUGGCCGAGGCGCUGCGCCGUCUGGGCGCCCUCGAGGCGGGAGGGGGAGGGAUGGGAGGCGCCCACCUGUCGUUCUGCGGCCGGCCGAACGGCGUUUCGCCGGCGCGCGAGCCGGUCGUCAUCAGGCAGCGGCCGCAAAGCUAUUCCGCUUCGAAGGUUGAUGGCGGGGGCGGGGGUGGGAUGGGAGCGGCUAGGAGGCAGUUUGGGAGCGGGUCGGCGUUGCCGCAGAGGAGGGCGGUGCAUUAUCAGUCGACAGGUAGUUUACAUAGCGACAGUCAGAGUUCGAGCAGCGUCAGUCCGAUUCCAUCCCCCUCUCCACGAGCCACCCCUCUGCCUAUCAACGGAAAAAGAUCUGCCAAUUUGAGUAGUCCCAGCUCGACGAUCAGCAACAAUUCUGCGCUACAUAAAAGAUGGAGUUCCACCAUCGAUUUCAACCAGGUGGCCCAAAACGGGAUGCAAUCAAAGACCAGAGAAGCCGUCUUCAACGACGAAGACAAAACCCUCAAGUUCUUCUUGCGCGGCCGGCCCGUCGUGCUGCACGCCCCUACCGCCCUAGCCGACGGCCACGACCUCGCCAAGGUGUCGCGAGCGCCCUCUCGCCGUCUGAAGCUCGACUGGGCCUACGGAUACAGGGGGCGCGACUGUCGCUCGAAUCUCUACUCGCUGCCCACGGGCGAGAUGAUCUACUUCGUGGCGGGGGUGGUGGUGCUGUACGAUGUGGAGGAGCAGAGCCAGAGGCAUUAUUGCGAGCACACCGAUGAUGUCAGAAGUCUGGCCAUCCACCCCAACAAGAUGUUGAUAGCUACAGGGCAGUGUGCUGGACAUGACAGGAAAGAUGCCAGGCCUCACAUAAGGAUUUGGGAUUCGGUAUCUCUGCACACCCAGGCGGUGAUCGGCAUUAACGAUUUCGACAUUUCGGUCUGUUGCCUGUCGUUCAGCAAAGCGGACGGUGGCGCCCUCUUGGUUGCCAUUGACGAGGCUCCCGAUCACACGAUUUCCGUGUGGGAGUGGCAGAAAGGCGAGGGCGGACACAAAAUCACGGAAACCAAGUGUUCUGUGGACACAAUAGUUUCCGCGGAAUUCCACCCUUUGGACCGCAACACGAUAGUGACCUGCGGCAAGUCUCACAUAGCAUUUUGGUCUUUGGAUCCCAACGGCACCUUGUUCAAAAGGAUGGGCAUUUUCGAAGCGAGAGACAAGCCAAAAUACGUCACUUGUGUGGCUUUUCUUCAAACUGGAGAAACGAUUACAGGUGAUUCGAAUGGGAAUUUGGCCGUUUGGGGUAGAGGAACCAACACGAUAUUCAAAUUCAUCAAGGGGGUGCAUGAAGGCUCGAUUUUCUCCAUUUGCGUGCUGAAAGACGGCAGUUUUGUCACGGGAGGCGGCAAAGAUGGCAGGAUCGUGGAAUUUGGUGCGAAUCUGGCUAUGACAGGAGUUGUCAGUGAGGUCGAAGGCCACUUUGGAGGAAUCCGAGUGAUAUCGGAGGGACGAGGCUCCCAACUGCUGGUGGGCACGACGCGCAACUGCAUCCUGAACGGCACCGCCCAGCUGUCGUUCAGCCCCAUCAUCCUGGGUCACACCGACGAGCUGUGGGGCCUGGCGGUGCACCCGACUCUGCCCCAGUUCGCCACCGCCGGCUACGACAAGGUGCUCCAGCUGUGGGACUCCAUGUCGAAGACUAUUCUGUGGAGCAAAGAUAUUGGGGAGCAGGCGCAAAGCGUCGCAUACUCUUCGGACGGCAGUCGCGUGCUUGUUGGCUGUCUGACCGGCCUGUGGAUGGUCUUCGACGCGCGCACCAGGGAGCUGCUGGCGCGCCACCGCGACGGCACCGAGGCCAUCCAGGCGAUCGCAUUCUCGCCCGACGGCGCCGCCGUGGCGCUGGGGUCGCGCGACGGCCACGUCUACGUGUACCAGGUGUCGGAGGACGGCGGGAAGUACGCGAGGGUGGGCAGGUGUACGGGUCAUUCGAGUUUUGUAACUCAUAUAGAUUGGUCAGUGGAUAACCAAACCUUGAGAAGCAAUUCCGGGGACUAUGAACUCCUGUUUUGGAACGCCGGCACUUGCAGACAGAUCCCGCAAAGCGGUCUGGUCCGUGACGUCGAAUGGGCGUCGAACACCUGCCCUUUGACCUUCACCACGGCCGGCGUCUGGCCCGAAAACGCCGACGGCACCGACGUGAACGCGUGCGACCGCAGCCGUCGCGACGCCGAUCUGCUCGUCACCGCCGACGAUUUCGGCAAGGUCAAGCUCUACUCCUAUCCCGUCAUACAGACCAAGUCUCUGUGCCAUAGCUACGGGGGCCACAGCAGUCACGUGACCUCGGUCAGCUUCCUCUACGACGACACCAGAGUGGUGUCCAUCGGAGGCAAGGAUACGGCCGUCCUGCAGUGGACAGUCUCCUAAACGACAAUUUUCCGUCCGAAGCCGGUUCACCAGGUUUUUUGCCUUUUCCGCGAUACCGAUUUGGCCUUCGAUGUUUCACCUCGGUUUCCGAUGGGUGUGAAUUUUACCAGGGAUCUUUUUAAAGUGUAAAUUCGAGUGCCACAUUCCUCAUGAAUAUUUAUUUUUCUUUUUAGUUGAGGUUGUCUGUUUUAACCAUAUACUUUUUUAUAAAAAGUUUCUAUACCAUUCACGAGAUUAUUCGGAGAUUUUAUCUUAUUCUUUGUAUAUGUGUGAUAAUAAAUUAUGUUAUCUAGAUAUCUGAAUGAUAUUUUUU